UUGAUCCACAACCGCCGGCAACAUUGCCAGUGCCUGUCAAAGCCCCUCCAUUUUAAAGGAAGAGACAGCCUUUCCACCACUGCAGGGGCCGCAGCCGAGUUCAUGUUCAGUCAUUGGCAGAUCCUGUUGGCCAAGCAGUGGGCCAAGUGGACAUGUACCACGACACGUGAUUCGAGCAUGGGAGAAGAUGAAGCAGGAGGUUCUGAAGACGACUCUGAGAAGGAAAAGGACUUGCUGACUGAGACUAAAUCCCUGAGUUGUGAGUCUGAUUCUGAACUUAAUUUUGAGACUACUGAAACUGAAACUCCAAUCAGAUCUCCUCUCAGGGAGUCUUGUGAUUCAUCAUGGGGAUUGGCAGAACCUGAAGCAGGUCCCCAAGAAUCUCUAGAAGCUGAUGAGCAGUUGGUAGCAAAAGUAAUUGAAAAAUGUUCACCUGAUGCAUGUUCUGGCUCUUCAGAAAAUGAAGCACCAGGGGUGACUAUCGAUCCAUACCUAAUCAUGUAUGUCAAAGACAAGGAAGAAUAUCAUGUUAGCAGGAUGUCAGUAGUAGUGAAGCCGUUUUCAAGAGAAACCAGGUAUUUCCCAGAUGACCUUGCAGCUCUUGGAAUAAAAGCAGGAGAUGAGUUGGAUCAGAACGUGAAUCCUAGUGUGCUGAGAGGGUCGAGGGCCCAGAGAUCUCCCCUUAACAUUAAAGAAGCCUCUGGCUUUCACAGUAAUGGCACCAUUGACUCAGGGGUUGAGCUGCAGGAAGGGUCCAGUGACUCACCUCUCAAACUUGAGGAUGAUUUUACAGAAGAUGGGGAGAAUGUCGAGGCCAGGAGUGCCCUACCAAAGCAACCUGGCAGGAAACCCAGUAACAAACUGGCACCUAGCACGCAAAAAGAUGGCUUCAGUAAGCCAGAAGAUGUUGAGCUGUCUGCAGACCCAACAGUUCAAGAUACCUCUCUCACCCAGACGUUUCCUAAGUUAGAAGAUGAAGCAGCUGUGAUGUCACAGAUCUCAGACAUUCCUAACGGGGACGGCCAAGCAACUGAUGAGGAGAAACUGGUGUCUACAUUGUGUGCUCAGAAGUCAGCAGGGACUAAGGUCGAAGGCAUAGAAAAGGAACCAUGCCAGAAGGUGGAGAAAGAGGAGCUGGCUGUGCAUGGACUGCUGGAGUCCUCUUCAGUAAAGGCCCCUGUGUCUGUGGCCUGUGGGGAUGAAAGUCCCCUGGAUGAGAUCUGCCUCAGGGAAGCAGACAAUACUGCUCUAGUCACAUUGCUCAGAGAAGAGAUAAUCACUAAAGAGAUCGAAGCAAAUAUAUGGAAAAAGAAAUACGAAGAGAGCCGAGAAGAAGUCCUGGAGAUGAGGAAAAUUGUGACAGAAUAUGAAAAGACUAUUUCCCAGAUGAUUGAGAACCAGCAGAGUACAAGCAAGAGCUGUCAGAAGGCUUUCCAGCAGCUGAAUAUGGAGAAGGAACAGGCUCUGGCUGACUUAAGCUCAGUGGAGACGUCUCUUUCUGGUCUCUUCAGGAGAUAUGAAAACCUGAAAGGCGUGCUGGAAGGGUUCAAGAAGAACGAAGAAGCCUUGAAACACUGUGCAGAGAAUUACUUAGCCAGAAUUAAGCUGGAAGAACAGCGAUACCAGAUCCUGAAAGUUUAUGCAAAGGAAAAACUGGACAGAGCCAAUGAGGAAAUUGCUCAGAUUCGUUCCAAGGCACAGGCUGAAAGUGAUGCUCUCCAUGCUGGCCUCCUGAAAGAGCAGAGGAAGGUGGAGUCCUUGGAGAGGGCCCUUAAGAAGAAGAAUCAAGAGGCUGAAGAAUUGACAAAAAUCUGUGAAGAAGAGCAGAGGAAGGUGGAGUCCUUGGGGAGGGCCCUUGAGAAGAAGAAUCAAGAGGCUGAAGAAUUGACAAAAAUCUGUGAAGAACUGAUUGCCAAGCUGGAUAAGACCUACUGAGAGUAGUCCUGUGAACUGUGUAGAUCGAGUCUGGCUGCUUCUGUCGUGACCACAUUAUCUUGCCUUAUCCAGAAAUAAUACUCCCUUUGCACAGAAAA